AAACGCCCAAGCUUUAUUGCGCACAGCAGAUUUGUUCAGCAGAGAAGUUUAAAUAAAGAGACGGAUCAUUUGAAUUACUCAAGAAAGAGCAGAGCAGUCUGCUCCUCCAGACCAUCUAACAGAGAUGAUGGAGCUACCCAACUACAGCAGCCAGCUGAUGCAGCAGCUGUGGGACCUGAGGAAAGAGGGCCUCUACUGUGACUGCACCAUCCUGGUGGGAGACAGCCCUCACCGUGCACACAAACUGGUGCUGGCUGCCUCCAGCAUGCUCUUCAGGUCUCUCCUGGAUACCUCUGACACCAUUUCCAUCGACACGGACUUGGUUUCCUCACAGGAGUUUGGCUGUCUGCUGAACAUGGUUUACACUGGAAAGCUUCCUCUGGGCAAACACAACGUCAGUCGCAUUGUCGCCGCUGCAGACAGCCUGCAGAUGUUUGACGUGGCCGUCGGCUUUAAAAACGUCCUCACCAGCCUUGUGAGCCAGCGGCCGGCGGCCCCGGUCUUUUCGACAAAGACGUCCACCCUCAGUACGAUCUGCAAAGCCCAGACCGCGAACCCUGACAGUUCAGCCUCAUCCAACAAGGAUGAGUCUACUUCAGACCAGUCAGAGCUCCAGGCUGAUCUGCAGGAGGAAAGCUGUCAGGGCGGCAGUGACGACGCAGAGGAACCACCGUGUAAAAAAGCCUGUGUGGAGCCCUCUGAGUCCUCAGGGCCCGAGGAAGACAAAUCCUCAGGAGGUGUAGUGGAAGAAAACAGCACCACGGCAGCUAAAGUAUUCAGCGAGUCUGUCACCGGUCUCCUGGAACAUUCCUCUCAGCUGGUGAAACUCCUCGCUAACAUGUCCUCUGUCCUGAAGCUGCUGAGCGAGGCAGCACAGAGCUGCCUGGAUGAACAUGUCAGACAGGUUGUGUGUCAGUGCUGUGAGGAGGCCGAUCCCAGCUCAGCGGUGGAGAAGCUGAUGAGCAGAGUGAAGGCGGGGCAGCUCAGCGAGGGAGAUCUCUUCAGGCUGCUCCGGACUGUCCACCAGGAAACAUCUUCCUCUUUCCCUCCAUCACUGGCAUCUCUGCUGGAGGAGGUGGAGAGGAACUCCCAAACUAGAGAUAAGGAAAAUCACUCUGCGACUCUGUCCGAAUCAGAACAGCAGAACGGCACCAAGAGCCAAGAAAAUGAGGGAGAGGAGGAAAACAGUAAGGAGGAGACUGAAGACGAUGACAAAGAUACAGAAGCUAUAGCAGAGUCCUCCCCCCUCCCCCCUUCUUCCUCCUCCAAGUCCUACGCCUGUCGCUGGUGUCAGAAGGAUUUUGCCUACAAGUGUCGAAUGCUGGCCCACGUGAAGCGUUGCCCCAUGUCUCAGGAGGGCGAGCAGCAGUGCCCGCAGUGCCCCAAGAAGCUGCCCAACCUGCGGGCCCUGCAGCGCCAUCGGGCCGAGGCUCACCGCAACGGCGCACGGACCAAGAAGAAGGUGGCCUGCGACCUCUGUGGACGCACCUUCGCCCACCCAUCAGGUAUGAUUUACCACAAACGAACAGAGCACUUUGAGGAAAAGCCGUUUGCGUGCGAGGAAUGUGGCGCAAAGUUCGGCGCCAACUCGUCUCUGAAGAAUCACAUGCGGCUGCACACGGGGGAGAAACCCUACCACUGCAAACACUGUGACAUGAGCUUCAGCGUGGCUGCUGCACUCGCAUACCACACCAAGAAGAAACACUCGGAGGGGAAGAUGUACGUGUGUCAGUACUGCAAAGCCGUCUUUGCCCAGUCCAUCGAGCUGACGCGUCAUGUGCGAACACACACCGGCGAUCGUCCGUAUGUGUGUCGGGAAUGCGGCAAAGGCUACAGCCAGGCCAGUGGACUCACUGUCCACCUGCACACUUUCCACAACCUGUCUGAGCCCCAUGACUGUCAGAAGUGCUGCCUCAGCUUCUCCUCGCUGGAGGAACAUCGGCAGCACAUCCAGGAGUUCCACCCAAAGGAGUUCCACAAGUGUCCCACGUGCAGCAAAGUGUUCACCAGCGCCGUGCUCCUGGAGAAACACAAGGGCACACACUCUGGAGCAAAGCCCUUCAGCUGUGACCUCUGCAACAAGUCGUACCAGCAACUCUCAGGCCUGUGGUACCACAACAGGACCAACCACCCCGAUGUGUUUGCUAACCACACCCGGCAGCUCAAGACCCUGGUCCAGUGCGACAUUUGUUUCAAGUUCUUCCCCAGUGCCGCCAGUGUGGCCAAGCAUCAAGCUUCUGAGCACCAAGGCUUGGAAGCGUCGGAGGUGCAGUGUCCGUACUGCCCGGCCACGUUGGUCGGACGCGAUGAGUUUCAGGAGCACGUGAACACCCAGCACGUCGGCCAGACCAGCAUGUCGACCGAGGCGUCCAGCUGCCCCCUCUGCUCCCUGGCCUGCACCUCCCAGCUGGAGCUGCAGAAGCACCUGCUCUCCUGCCACAUGGAGACGCAGGAGGAGCAGGAGGCCGGGGAGGAGCAGGCCUCCACCUCCCACACGGUGAUUUCAGCAGAGCCGACAGGCGGUGAGGGGGCGGAGUCAGUCGUCUUGGAGGAGCAGACACAGCUGGAAGCCACCCGGCAGGUGUUUGUGGCUCUGGCGGGUGGAAGAGAGGACGACUCGUCAGCCGAGGUGGUGGAGGUCAACAUGUAUGACCUGCUGAACAACUCAGUCACCUUCAUCUGUGAGGACAAACCAUCAGGUCCUCAGUCUUGAACCCUGAACUUUGACCCCUGGAGGAUGGCUAAGGACACUGAGCGAGCUUUAUGGUUUUAUAGUCUCUUCUGAUCGUUUUAACACAACUUACAGCAGAAGACUGAACUGACUCACAAGCUCCAAGUCUUUUUUCUGGUAGAGCUGUUUGCUGUUUGAAAUACAUGUGGUGAAAUGUGUGUUUCACUUUAGUUUACAUACAGAAAUGUAGGCUGCUUUAUGAAGGUCGUCCCCCAGACACAGCGAGGGUCCGUUCACGAGCAGGGCGCCAAAGUUCUUUGACCAAGAGAUGUUUGUUUGUUUGUUGGUUUGUUUGUUUCCAAAACCAGCUUUCUGACUUCCCCACUCUCCGUCCUACUGAAAAUAUUUUUAUUUAUUUAAAAAAAAGGCUCAGUGGCUUCGUUCGUUAGAGGAAGAAAUAGAUGCAUUUGUUGGGGAUUCAGAUGUGCAUGAAUCCACAUUUGGUGCUAUAGUGUGUAUUUGGGUGUGUGUGUGUUUGUGUGUGAGACAGAGAGAGACUGAUUAACAAUAAAACUACAGAGUGUGUGUUCAUGAUGAUGAAGGAACAUCCAGCAGACUUAAACAACAGCUGAGACGAAGAAGAUCUAUCAGGCUCUGAUUCACCUGCUAUAACCUGUUAGCAGGAAGGGUUCAUACUGCUGUUUCUGGCCUUUCUGUGGGAAUUUGUUAACACUUAAAAAUACAGAAUAUUCACAGCUUUAUGUUUUCAAAUGAUGCUAGGACACAAAGGAAACGUGUGUGUGUGUGUGCGUGUUGUUAAGUGUUAGGGAAAAUUACAGCUGGAGAAACUUCCAGUUUCCUGCACUCUGAAACACUUUUAUGGAUGUGUCACGCUGUCCACAUCUGUCCAGUUUAAACAGGAACAUUAAAACAAAUACAUGAAUCCAGAAAUGACUGAUAAACCAGUGAAAAUGGAUUGGGUGAUUAAAGGUUGGAUUUGUCUCAUUAGGAAUAAAAUCAAAUAAUAAAAAAAAAAAAAAAUCAGAUGUAUUCAUUUGUUCAUUGCUAAAUUGGAUAAAUAUAAACCCACAGUCUCCACCCUGGUUCCCUCACACACUCUGAACAGACUCGAAUGAAUAAAAUCCUGAGUAUUAAGCUGAAGUGUGUUCAUUUUAUUUAACCACAUU